CUUUUGUAAUGACAACAGAAUGAAAGGAGGAUUUUUCUGACACUCGCGACAACACUGGGCUUCAAUAGCAAAUAUGGCAGGCAGAGGUGGUCAUGAUAAUAAUAGAUAUGGAGGUGAACGGCAGCGUAGACCGCUUCCUACGGAGCCUCCGUUUAUCGCGUAUGUCGGCAAUUUGCCACAGGGCGUUGUCCAAGGCGAUCUCAACAGGAUAUUCAAGGAGUUCACGGUGAAAAAUAUACGUUUGGUCAAAGACAAGGAAACAGAUGUCUUCAAGGGAUUUUGCUACGUUGAGUUCGGAUCGUUGGAAGAGCUGAAACAGGCAUUGGAGUUAGACGGGAUGAUAAUGCUCAACGACAGUAUGGCCACCUUGAGGAUUGACAUAGCGGAGCAAAAGAAAAACGAUCGUGGUGGCUUCAACAGGCGAGGAGGUGGUGGUGGUGGUGGCGGUGUUCCACCUAACCGCGGUGGUGGAGGCUUCAAUAAUAAAGGAGGAAACCACAAUCGGCAAGGCGGUGAUAGGAAUUAUGGUAAUGAUAAUUUUGGAAGAAAUGACUUCGAUAGAAAUCGUGGACGUUCCAAUAAUUACAAUGAAGAUCUAUCAUCGUCUGUCGACAAAAUGAAAGAUCUAUCGUUUUCAGAUCGUGGUCCCAACCGUGGUCGGUAUGGUAAUUUCAACGAGGAAGGUGGUGGAGGCCGCGACGACUGGAGUCGCGAUCACGACGGACGUCCUGGCAACGAUAGAGGCGGAGACAAUUACAGCCGUGAUGGUGAUCGGUUUAAUCGCUACGGAGGUGGCCCCGGCAGUUCCGGCGGUGGUCGUCGAGACCAUCGUGAUCACGACAGGGGAAAUGAUCGUUCACAGCCAGGUCAAGGUCCGGCACUCAGUCUGGCAGAACGUGAUGCCGGUAGACCUAAAUUGAACUUAAAGCCACGCACUGUGGCUGCUCCUUUAAAUGCUUUGGCAGACACGAAGCAAGCGGCUGCUAUUUUCGGUAAUGCCCGACCGCGCGAAGAAAACAUUGCUACAGAGGGCAGAAAUCUGGAGGAGUCGGAACGUAAAACGUCCACGUCUUCGUCGACGGCAGGAGAUGACAAGAACGGGCCAAACUGAAGAUUUUCUUUGGUUUAUAAUAACGUUAACGUUUAAUCCCUUUUCCCUUUUAUCAAAUGAGAGCGAAAGUAAAACAGACUUUACUAAAGGCAUACAAAUAGGAAGAAAAAAUCCAAGCAGGUUUGUAAUGCGAAAGUACAUACCCAUACAUGAAAAUACAUACACAUAAAACAGAAACGAUACAACCUAACGUAAAAAGUAUGUGUUUAAUUUAUAUUUUGAUUUUUACGCUUUUUUCUACGAUUUAAUAUUAACAUUAAAGAAAAAGAAAAAAUUGCAAAAAGAAGGAAUGAAAUACAAAAUAAUGUGUAAUUAUAAUGCAAAUAAUUAUUGAAGCAGUAAAAUAUAUUAAUUAUUAUAGCACAUUGAUAUAUUCAGAACCUAAAAGAUUAAUGAUUAAACAAGGGAAAAGCUGAAAACUGAAAUUUUACUAUAAGACAAACAAUAGUAACAAAUACACUUUCUUGAGCUUGUCAAACAGAGGAAUGAUUACAUAGACAAGUCAAGAUUUUGCGUUUUAAUUUCUUUAGCUUUUCUACUUGCGUUGAACGGCUUUUGUGUUUAAGGUUGAGGUAUGGAGUGCUUUUAUUUAAGAAGGAUCGCGAAUGCAUGUGACUCUAUCAACAGCAUAUGAACCUAGCUUGCUAUUGAGGGGAAUUUUCAUCUAACGAAUUUCCUUACAAUUAAGGAUAGUUUUACAUUCAGACACUGGUAGCUUUACGCAAUCAAAGUUUCUUAUUUUUGAUUUUAUUCUAUGGACACAACAGCGUAUUGUGAUUUGAGUUCUUUAAAAACUUUACUAUUUCGUUUGAUUCAAAAAUAUUCAGUCUUAGAUAUUUCGCACGAAUCGCCUCGUUUGGAUCGGUUGAACAUUUUUAAAACUAAAUUCCCACUGCAGAAAUGUAAAAAAUAAUAAGGCAUAUUAUACACCCCUAUGUUUAAGUGUUGUUGAAAUAAAUAUGAGAUGAAUGACGACAUGAAAAAUGAAUGAAAUAAACUGAUGAAACAACUAAAACUUGGAA